AUGGGCAAGGCUAGGAAGUCAAAACGCCAAUUGAUCCGUGACGAGAAGAGGGCAAAGAAGAGGAGCAGAGAGGUUGCUAACGAGGAGGAUGCGCCAGAGACGAAGCGCCAGCGCCAGGACGACGGCGCCAGCAAUGUCGCCGGCCUCGACGACGCCCAACCCUCGGAAUAUGUUGCCUUCCUAGAUGGCCAAGACACGUCCCACCAUUCCCGAGGCCCUCUUACCAACGGCUUCGAGCGCGAGUUCUUCGGCAUGCUGGCCGACCAGGAGCAGGAAUACUUCCGCCACGCCGACGAGCUGCUCGAACUCAACGACUUCCCCACCACCGAGGACCGCGACAUGUUCCUCCAGAACGUCUACAAGGAGGCCGAGGGCAAGGAGCUGAAGCUGGCGAGCAGCCAGUCCUGUUCGCGCCUCAUGGAGAGGCUGAUCCUCCUCUCCAACACAAGACAAAAAAAGCACCUCUACGACACAUUCGCCGGCCAUUUCAUCAGUCUCAUCACACAUCGCUUCGCAGGCCAUUGCUGCGAAAAGCUCUUUUUGCAGUCAGCCCCCGUCGUCACGCAGGAGCUGCAAGGUCUGGUGGAGCCCGAGCCCACGCCCGAACCCGAAACCAAGGCCGACGGUGAGCAAGGGACAGCCCCCAUGCCACAGUCGUCGAUGGAGGACCUGCUCCUCUUGACCCUCGACGAGCUCGAAGACCAUCUCUCCUACCUCCUCUCCGAUAGAUACGGCUCCCACGCCUUGAGAGCUCUGCUCCUGAUUUUGUCUGGGCGGCCUCUCGACCAGAUAGCAACGAAGUCUAUGCUUCAGAGCAAGAAGAAGGAACACGUCACCUUCGAAGGCGCAUCGGUUAUGGCCAGCGAGCUCAGCUCCCAGACCCGCGCCGUUCCUUCGUCCUUCACGAUAGCAAUACAGAAGAUCAUUGGAGACUCUACGGCGAAUAUUGACGACACGGCCCUCCGCGUGCUGGCAACCCAUCCCACCGGCAACCCGACACUGCAGCUUUUGUUGGAGCUCGAGUUGACGGUGUUUGUCAAAAAGGCGAAAAAAGCCCCCUCUAAAGCGAAGGCGGAGGCCGGCACAGAAGAGCCACCCAAGGAAGAGCCCAAGAAGGGAGAGUCCACGGCCGGUCUGCUGGAAAAGCUGAUACCGAACGCGCCCGAAUCCUUCAGCGACGAAAAGUCGCAGGCCUCCGAGUUUAUCAACUCGAUGCUCUACGACCCUAUUGGAUCGAGGCUGCUCGAGACUCUAAUCACCCACUGCUCAGGAAAGAUCUUCAAAGGCCUCCAGGCCAAGUUCUUCGGUCCGCGUAUUGCUACUUUGCUCCGGAACGACAUUGCGUCGUACCCGGCUAUCCGGGUUCUCAACCGACUCAGCAAGGAAGAUCUCGCCGAGGCCGUAGAGAAGUCGUUGCCGCAGAUGCCCGUAUUUGUGGAGAAGGGCCGCUUCAACGUGAUUAAGACCUUGUUCGAGCGCUGCAACGUGCGGCAGGCCAGCGAGGAGAUCAAGUCUCUCCUGCAAGCGCUGACGGCCGCAAACGGCGGCGACUGGAAGUACCUGGUGCCCAAGCUGUGCCAGUUUGACGAUGCAGAUAAUUCUAAAGAGGCACCAAAAAAGGACAAGUUCCAGCCGGAUGCCGUCAAGAACAAGGGCGCAAUGCUCUCCCACAGCAGACAGCUGAUAACCGCCCUCUUUGAUAUACCCGGCCCCCCGACAAAGGCCAUACAGGCAUCACUCCUGGCUCUCAAACCGGACCAGCUCCUACGCCUAGCGACGCUCUCGGCCUCGACCUCGGCCAUGCUGGUGAAGGCACUGGCCACAUCUUCCCAGAACCCCAACUUCCACAAAGUCCUCGUGGCCGGCCUGCUGCCGCACACGUAUGAACUCGCGACGUCGAUGCACGGCCAGAACGUAUUAAACGCCGUCAUCGAGGCCCCGUCCAAGGGCGGCGACGGCAUUACCGUCCCAUUCCACCUCAAGGAGAACAUAAUGGGGCAGCUAGAGAGCCACGAGCGAGACCUCCGGGAGUCGUGGCUGGGCCGCAACGUCUGGCGCGCCUGGCGCGGAGACCUCUGGAGCCGCCGGCGCCCCGACUGGGUACGCUGGGCCAAGGAGACAGACCCCGAAGCGGACAGGUUGUCGACGGGGCCGAAGCCGAAGCAAGCGGCUGGCGCUGGUGGCGAUGGGGGAUGA